AUGAUGAGCACCUAUACAUUUGUAGGAAAGGGUUUCACUCCAUAAUUGUGCAGUCUGUAGUAAAACCAGAUUUAUGAUUUACAAAUGCAGUAUGCAAAUUUCCUGGCUCAACUCGUGAUGCCUAUAUCUUGAACAACAGUUCUUUGCCACAGUGCAUGUCAAAUCUGACUGAUGGAGGAUGGAUAUUGGGGGAUUACCCCUUAAAGGAGUGGUUGAUGACUCCAAUCAACGACCCAUUAAUUGGCCAAGAAGAGCGGUAUAAUUUAGCACACUGCAGAACAAGAAAUGUAACUGAAAGAGCUUCUGGCGUCCUGAAAGCCUGCUUCAGGUACUUACACAAAACUGGAGGCAGUCUGCCCUACAAGCCAGACAAGAUCAUCGAAUGUGCCAUUCGUCUGCAUACUUUGGCUAUUGAUCAGAGGCUGCCACUCAUGGAGGCAUUGGAGCCAGAGAUUGGCAAUGAGCAAUACUGUGCACCACCGGUCAACAACAACAUACCUGCCACAGCUAUACGAGAAAGACUUAUUCAAAGAUUCUGAAUGUAAGUAGUUUAUAGUCAAUGACUAACAAUAAUAUAACAAUGACAAUUUAAUAAUAAGAAAAGAU